AUUGAAUCGACAAAUAUUGAUGGCAUUGACUGCAUUUCAUUAGGAAACAAGGAUACACUGGAUUUACAAAUUAGUACAAAUACUACAAAAAUGAAUGUACAAGAUGACCAUCAAGGCUUAUCCUAUCAUGAAGAACAACAACCACAGUGCAAAGAUAACUAUGAGAUCAACAAAGAUAGGAUACCGGAAAACAUUUCUUGGCCAUCCAAUCUACCUUGUCCAUUUUCAAAAGAAGACAUCGAUGUCCUACUUUCAUUGCCUCCUCACAUCAAUAAUGUAAGAUUACAACUCCUACCUAUUUUAGCAUCCGAUCCAGACUUGGCAAAUGUUGCAUAUAUCGAUGCUGAAUUCCUUCCACAGCAAGCAGUGACAAUUGGACGAGGAACUUUUGAGUCCCUUUCUCAUUCAACGCGUUUCGACUUGUCCUAUAUCAGUCGAAGACACGCGCGAUUGGAUUGCCAAGAACCCAAUAAAUUACUGCUGACUGACUUGAGUGCCAAUGGUACUUUUGUGAAUGGAGAACUUCUGGGACCCGAUAAUGUCUGUCAACUGUAUGAAGGAGACGUCGUCUCAUUUCUAUUACUUUCUCCUGAUUCUACGGAAAGUGCCUUGGGUUAUGUAGUUUUGUUCAAUCGAGUUGGAGAGGACCCUCAGAUGUCCAGUGUUGCAGCUACCCAAGUUCUCUUUUUAAGAGAACAACAAAAACAAAGUGGAGAUAUUCUAAGCUUCAAUAGUUCGGAGUCCAAAGUCCGUUCCUAUGCACAACCCAGAAGAGAACGAGUCUCUGCAGCCAAGACCCAUGAGCUAAAUCAUCCAUCUUCAAAUGUUUCUAUAUUUCAUGAAACUGACAAACCAUCAACUUCAUCACAACGAUCCAUGAGUGCAGAUUCUCCUUUGGGUUGGUUAUGGGAACAACAACAAAAUGCAAUCGAACAAUUUGGAUUCUUACCCUUUUAUUCAUCACCAUUUCAUAUGGAAGUCAUUCAUUCCAAUCCCAACUCCUGGAUUUAUGCAGGAGUUCCUACCACAUUUCCCCAUUUUCAUAGAAAUGAUGACCAGAGUUCAGAAAGCCAUUCACAUCAUUCUAGUCUUUCCAAACCAUCAAGACGAAGAGGACGUGGUUCUGGAGGCUCUAUAUUGGAAGAACAUCGACGGCAUGCAUGUCCUUGGCCUGGUUGUGAUAAGCACUUUUCUCGGAGAUUUACUGUAAUGCAACAUUAUCGUACACAUACAGGUGAAAAGCCUUACGUUUGUGACUUUCCUGGUUGUGAUGCCCGAUUUACUCAACUUUCCAAUUUGCGACAACAUGAACGUUAUCAUACAGGUGAACGACCAUACCAUUGUGAUAUUUGCGACUUGUCCUUUCAACAAAUGGCCAAUUUACAACAACAUAAAAGACGACAUUUUGAAAAUCCUUCUCAUUGGAUAUGUGCUUUGUGUGAUGAAGGAUUUCCAGCUAAGAUGUUGUUGUUGCAACAUGCCACGCAAGUGCAUCCCGGUGUCGAUCCAAAAGAAAUCAUUCGACAACGAAGAAAAAACAAAAUAGAAAAGGAAACUUUUCAACCAUCACAACACGACUAGCUGUGUGUGUGUGUGUGUUAUG